AUGAACAACUUCCUGGUGAAGGUUCACACGGACGACGACCAGAUCAGGGAGGAACUUCACAACCAGUUCGCGCAAAACGUAUUUUCGAGGAAAACCCACAAACAGGCAUCACACGACUCUGAACAAUGGGAGGAACCGCCAAGGUAUAUUCUCUCGGAGCAUUACGUGGACACGUAUUUAACUCCGUUUUUGAUUAGAAGUGAUGAGGAGGGGGAUCCGUAUCACUGCGUGUUUUGUCAGCUAGACGUGCGUCGCGGCGCGGGUACCGACGCAAAUAAAAGUAGCCCCUCCAUUAGGGGGGAUACUACGACUAACGGUGUUACCCACCCUAACGAUGUAACCCCCCCUAACGGUGUGACCCCCCCGAACGAUGUAACCCCCGCGAACAUUGACCCCAGGAGCGGUGAGCGAACACUGCAGGUGCAGCUCUGCGCCUCCCACAUCUACUUCGAAAACAUGGAAACGGAGAGAUACCAUGUGAAGACAAAUGAACGAGGGUAUAAGUUCCAACAGUACAUGAUAAAAAACAGAGAUGUACUCCUGGUUCAUGGCAGUUGCAGAUACGGUGAUAGGGAUUUGUGUUCACGCAGAACAGAUGUGAAAGGAUUAUAUGAGUAUAUUAGGAAAAAUAGAGAGGAUGUGGAAAAGGCGCUGAACUCACUAGAAGGAAGUUUCUUCCUCCUCUAUAUCCAUUAUUCAAACGAACACGCAAACAUGUACUUCUGUAAUGACGCAUGGGGAAUGAAGUCGGUUAUCUUCUUCUACGGACAAUCAUCCAUCUUAUUAACAAAUUCAUAUGCAUUUUUUAUUAACUACCAUUUUAAUUAUACCAAGGGGGAUGGAGUCAAUUAUCUGUUCGAUAAUUCAUCUGUUAAUGAACGACUCAACUUGAUUCACUACGAUGGAGUGUUUGGAGCAGAUGAUGAGGUUCUCCCUAAGUGGAGUGGAUCCCCCAUGGGGUGUAGCGAAGAAGGAGAUUUCACCCCCCAGAGUAUUAUCAACGACAAGGUCGGAAUACAGAUAAACCCCUACUACAUUUACAACGUAAAUAUAUUUGAAAGGACCAAAGUGGUGUUAAAGAGCAUUACUAAAAGGAAUAGCAUCUACACCAAGGAUAUCGAAUGGAGUAACGAUCACCUCUCCGUUCAGGAGAAUUUUCAUCGUAUUUGCAAUUUUGUUGAAAGACAUUACUUCACAUACAGUGGAAAUAGGGAAGAGUGGACUCUCCUAAAAUGCACCAUUCAAGAAUCGCUAAAAGAUUAUAUUGAUGGCGACUCCAACAAACGGAGGGACGCAGAGACGGUGCUAAACAACUGCUUUGUCCAAUUGUAUAUGAACUUGUUAAGAGGAGUCAUUGAGAGGAAAAUUGAAGAGGUUUUUUCAAAGAAGGAAGAUCAAUAUAAAGUAGAAGAAAAUCACCUGAACGAUGCAUGUGAAAAUGAAAAAAAAAAAAAAAAAGAAAGAAAAAAUUUUCUACAAAAUAUUCCCUUCACAGUUAAAUGCGAUAACCUCGGGGGAAAGGUAAAAUCGGUGGGGAUCCUCUUCUCGGGAGGGAUAGACUCAACCCUACUAGCGUUAACAACGAUCAGGGCGUACUUCAAUCGCUGUACAGAUGGGUAUGUCGAACUGAUAAAUGUUUGCUUCGACGACAAUGCGGUUGAUAGGUACACCUCCCUAAUUUCGUAUGAACAAAUUGUAAAGCUUCAUCCCCAAUACGACAUCAGAUUAGUCUUUGUUGAUGUCUCUCCAGAGGAUUUACUCAAAUAUGAGAAGAUUAUUUUUUCUUUGAUGUCCCCAAAUAACAGUACUAUGGAUUUCAACAUAUCUGCUGCUUUUUUUUUUGCCAAUUUGGGGAGGGGGGUUCUUUUCUCUCGUUCCUUUUUCCAGCGCCCCGAGUGGGCCUACAUAAAGGGGCGCGUUUCCUCCGCGCUGAAGGUGCCAGGCCCAAAGGAGGCGGACUCAGCGGUAACCCGAGGAGUGGAGGCAGACAAAACCGAGGUAGACACAACCGAGGCAGACGCAACCGAGACAAAAUCCAAAUGCAGGAUCUGUCAAUUUGUCAGGAGUAUCAGGUGCAUCCACAGGUGUUGCUCCGUCUGUUGCAGGAAGGUUCGCUACGUCUACCGGAAAGAAUUUUACCAAGGUAGAUCCUCACAUACGUCAAGGAGUGGCGACAUCUAUCAGAUGGAGAGUAACGAAAGUAGGGACAGUGAUGUCCAAAGAAAUUAUGGAGAGAGAUCCCUUUUCAUUAUGGUGAAGAAGAAAAAGGUUUUAAUUAAUUUUAAAAUAUUUGGUGUGUGCCCUGCGCAUAAGGAGAGGGUGUACGACUAUGAGCGGAUCGACUCUCUGUUCAGAGAAUUCCAAAGGGAGCUUGGCAUGAGGCAGCGAGACAUAGACGGGGGCCACGAAGAAGGUCAAGGCAACAGCACACACGAGGAGCCAAAGGACAGUGCACCUUCCUGCGCCGACAUGUUUAGGGACACGCGCUACGAAAACUUCAUAGAUCAAUUCGUUGCGAAACAUGCGGAAAACGAUCCGCAAAAAUUUGAACAAAUAAAAAGCCUCUUUUACGUAAAGUCGAAAAGGGAAGGUAAUAAUGCGAUUAGUAUGGAUCAACAAAAGAAGGAAAAAUUUUUCAUAGAUGAAGAUGAAUCUCCUCAGAAGGAAGAGACAUUGAAUUACCUUAAGAGAGACUUAUACCAAAGUUGCAGUGGAUCCCACUACAUAGAACAGCAAGGUUCAUACCAAUGCAACCACCACCUGCUAAUCAUAGGUAGUGGAGCAGAUGAGUUGUUUGGAGGCUACUACCGCCAGAACAAUAGACAUCUGACAAAAGGAGAAUCCAAACAAACAAUAAAUUUUAAGAAAAACGAAAUGAUAAAGGAUCUGAGAAGAAUUUGGACGAGGAAUUUGUAUCGAGAUGAUCGUAUAUUAACAUUUACUAGUUUUACUAAUAAGGUUCUUUGUUAUCCCUACUUGGAUAUGCACCUUGUAAAUUUUCUCUUUAUGGUGUCAUUUUACAUUGUAGAGGCUCCUCUUGGAGGGUUGGGACAGUUGGAAGGGCCAUCCUGUUUUCCGGAAAAUGCGGAAAAAGAGAAACCAUCAAACGUUGAAUGCUCCUGCUUGUAUGAGCAUAUUAGAACCCACAAAGUUAGCAAAUGGGUUCUGCGCAUGGCAAUCUUUUUCUCACACUGCAAAGAAUUAAUGCUCUUCAAAAAGAAAGCUAUUCAGUUUGGUUCUAAAUCGAAGAACGUUCAGAUGUACAUGCGGGAGUGGAUCUCCCGUAAGAGCGGUAAUAUCACGGGGAGAGAGACGUCGAAGGCGCCCCAAGCUUCUUCCAAACUGCUCCUCCCCAGUGACAAAAAAAAAGGGACAGACAGGUAUAUUCUCCUGUCCUGA